ACGCCCUUCUCAUUUCAAACUUGGAUCCAAAAAGACGACCGUUCCUCGACCCCCGAGCUCCUCUCCUUGCUCCUCCCGCUUUAGCUUAAACAAAGCUAAAGGGUAAAGGCCAAAGCUUGCCGACUUCGCCGGAGAGAUGCUCUAGGAGUGAGAAGAACAAAGUAGAAAAGGAGCGACACUUAGAUGGUGGCUGGAAAGGUGAAGGCCGUGAUGGGGCUUCAGAAGAGUCCCGCAGCGCCGAAACUGGAAGCUUCUAGGCGAUCAUCUUCUUCCCCGAGCACGUUCAAAGGUGUCGGCCAGCUCUCCAACGGCAAGGCAUCAGUUUUCUCCCGCUCGUUUGGGGUCUAUUUCCCUCGUUCCUCCGCGCAAGUGCAGCCCCGCCCUCCCGACGUUGCCGAUCUCAUCCGCCUUGUUGAAGAGCUCCAAGAAAAGGAGUCUCGCCUCAGAACAGAGCUUCUCGAGCAGAAGAUACUCAAGGAGACGGUCGCCUUAGUGCCGUUUUUGGAGAAAGAGGUUACAGCGAAGAACGACGAGCUGGAUCGGAUUAAAAAAGGGGCUGAGGGGUUGGAGGCUGAGAAUCGGGUUCUGAGAAUGGAGGUGGCAGCUCUACUCGCCAAGAUUCGGGAGUUUGAGGAGGAGGGAAGAAAGAAGGAAGCGGAGAUCGAAGAACUUAAGCGGACAGUAUCAGAUCAGCAGGGUGAGUUGAGGCGAUUGUGUAGUGGAGCCGUUGAGAUAGAAGAUUGCACGUCGUCGUCACGGUUCCAGGGAUUAAUAGACGCCUCUGCGAGGUCGAUACUGCUCAAGAACAUCCGUAAAUCCUCCAAAUCCACCGACAUUGCGUCCUAUCAAGAGGUAUCCAAACCUGCUGUGAAUGAUGGGAAAGGGGAGGACAAGGAAAUUUAUCAGAUGCAACAACAAAGGGAUGAUAUCUCAAAACCCCGCCCCCCAAGGGUUCCGAAGCCCCCUCCCUUACCGUCUACUUCGUCGUACAGCUCCACAACUAUCUCAGAAAAGAGAAAUGCAGUUCCUAAUCAUGCAUCAGUUACAUCAAUUCCGGCGCCUCCACCUCCACCGCCGCCACCUCCUCCGGCUACGGCGGCAAUGAAGGGAGUGAAGUCGGGGGCAACAUCGGUGAGGCGAGUGCCUGAGGUGGUUGAGUUUUACCACUCGUUUAUGAGGCGGGACACAAAAAGGGAUUCGGCCGGUGGUGUCAGCGAUGCGCCACCUGCGGCAAACGUCAGGAACAUGAUCGGAGAGAUAGAGAACCGAUCGGCUCACCUACUAGCUAUUAAGACAGAGGUGGAGACGCAGGGCGAUUUCAUAAGGUUCUUGAUAAAGGAAGUAGAGAAUGCGGCAUUCUCCAACAUCGAGGAUCUCGUCUCCUUCGUCAAAUGGCUAGACGACGAACUCUCCUUCCUGGUGGACGAGAGAGCAGUUUUGAAGCACUUUGAUUGGCCGGAGGCAAAGUCGGAUGCAAUGCGUGAAGCGGCGUUUGGGUACUGCGAUCUUCGGAAGCUAGAGUUAGAGGCGUCGUCCUUCCGCGAUGAUCCUCGACAGCCCUGUUCGUAUGCCAUCAAAAAGAUGCAGAGCCUAUUGGAAAAAUUAGAGCAUGGAAUAUUUAAUCUUUCACGUGUGCGGGAGGGGGCCACAGAGCGAUAUAAAAAUUUUCAUAUCCCUUGGGACUGGAUGCUUGAUAGUGGAAUUGUUAGCCAGAUGAAGCUAGCAUCAGUGAAAUUGGCAAUGAAAUUCAUGAAAAGAGUGACAUCCGAGAUUUCGGCUAUAGCUUGUGGCCCUGAAGAAGAGGAACUUAUGCUACAGGGGGUUAGGUUUGCCUUCCGAGUACAUCAGUUUGCUGGGGGUUUCGAUGUGGAAACAAUGCGAGCUUUUCAAGAACUGAAAGAUAACGCGAGAAAACGUCAAGCUAACAAGCAAAAUCAACAGCAGCAACAAAAGCUCUUCCAUAGGUCCACCUCCUAAUUCCUUAUUGAGAUUGAUGAAGCUCAUCAACUUCAACUUCUUCUCAGUACAAUCAAAAAAGCACAGGACACACUCUUUAGCAAGUGGUCCUUGCACAACUUCUUGUUAAGAGACUCUAGAACAAGAAGUUAUUCUUUUUUGUCUAUUGUAAAGAAUGUCAGACUGAUAUUCCUGGAUAGCCACUUGAUCUAUAUAUUAAAGUAGAUCCUAUUUAUAUUAUUAAACUUCAUUCAAAA